CUAAAACCUAUAAUUCAACGAUUGCAAUCUGCCCCUAAAACCCUCACACUCCGAAGUCCAAACUAAAGAAAAUCACCGCCAAAUAUUCCCAGAGUUUCUGCUCAGACAUGGCGGACGAAGAAGCACUCUGUGAAGCAGCUGGGAAUGGAAACAUCAACGAAAUCAAAUCUCUAAUUGAGUCCGGCGCCGAUGUCACCUACUUCGAUAAAGGCGGACUUACUCCGCUGAUGCACGCCGCCAAGCACGGCCACGCCGAGGUGGUAAAAGCUCUUCUCGAUGCUGGUGCCCCAUGGAAUGCCUUAUCUCCUUCAAAUGUCUCUGCCGGUGACUUCGCCAUGGACGCUGGUCAUCAAGACGCCUUUGACGUUCUUCUCAAUUCCGCAAUCCAGGCAGAGUUAAUCCUUGGGACAAUCGCAAGGAAAGAAAAUGCAAAGGGGAACUCAGAUGGGGACUAUUUAGAAGAUAGAGUUAGUUUCAGUGAAGAUAAGAUUAUGGAUGCUGAUAGCAAGGCUGUUAUGAUGGCUUGGGAGAAGCCAUUGAUGGAAGCUCACGCGAAGGCUGUCUGCUCAAAUGGUGGCCACAUACUGAACAUUGGAUUUGGGAUGGGCCUCGUAGAUACUGCCAUACAGCAAUAUGCGCCUUUGUCGCACACUAUCAUUGAAGCUCAUCCAGAGGUCUAUGAUCGUAUGAUACGCGCCGGGUGGGGUGAGAAGGAGAAUGUGAAAAUCAUAUUUGGUCGGUGGCAAGAUGUCAUUUCAGUACUUGAAUCUUAUGAUGGCAUAUUUUUUGAUACUUAUGGGGAAUAUUACGAAGAUAUGCGGAAAUUUCAUCAACAUCUUCCUAGAUUGUUGAAGCCUGGUGGUAUCUAUUCAUUUUUUAAUGGUCUAUGUGGAGGUAACCCUUUCUUUCAUAUCGUCUACUGCCAGAUAGUCUCCUUAGAACUUGAGAGUUUGGGAUAUUCUACGCAGCUGAUACCAUUACCAGUGAAGGAUUGUUUAAGUGAAACAGUUUGGGAGGGUGUUAAACAGAAGUACUGGCAGUUAGAUACAUAUUACCUCCCUGUUUGUCAGUCUAUGAGCGAAUCAGAAUGAUAUUCUCUUCUAGCAGCAUUGAUAAUGUGGUUUCAGAUGAAUGUCUCCUAAGCUUCGUUUCUUUGCUUGUUGUGUAUGCAUUUUGUAACGAAUUUAAUAUUGGUAGUAACUUUCAUUUGCCGUUUACUCUUUUAAUGGUAUCCUUUUCUCAA